CCACCGUCAAUUUUGUCGUUGUCAUUUUCGUAGACGUGUUCGUACUCGUCAUCGUCGCCGUCUUCAUUCAUUUCAUUUUCGCCGUUAAUCAUUGUACUUUUGACUGUCACCGAAAACGGCGGGUAGUUUGCAACAACACGACAACAAACCACGGUCAGUACAAUUGACCGAUAGAGGAAUACAACCGCAACAACAACAACCACCAUUUACGCUAUACGGUUCCAUAUCUACGCAACAUACCUACCUAGUUAGCACAUACACACGUCAAGUAAAUAGACACAUGCAAAAUUUGUAAGUGUGUGUGUGGAAAUAAAUCCUUUCGCCGUUCAAAUUCAAUAUUCGCUUACAAUACUCGCGAUAGUUUGUCGCCGAGCGCGAAGUCUGUAGGUUCGCUGUCACUACUUGAACAAAACACAGUCACAUCCUUUUCGCACUCGAACGAGUCAACACAGAGUGUCGCAGCAGCGGAUUUAAAUUUGAACAAACAAGCAAUUUUACAAACAACAAUUAAAUUUAUGACGACUAAAUUAAACGCAAAUCAAUUGUCAACAAUAAUAUAAAGUGCCAAAAAUAAUUAAAUAUCAAUCCAGUGCAAUUAAAGUGAAUUAUAUACGUACAUAUAUAUAUAUAUAUAUAAAACUGUCACAUAUUUGAUCAGUGAUGACAUUAAGUUCAAAACAAAGAAAAUAUUAGUGCUUCCAAUAAAAAUACAUUUUAAAAUUAUUAAAUGCACGAUUCCUCUCAUGCGCUCCCCUUUCUCAUUAUUUGUGAAAUAUAAAAUGAACAAAAUUAAAAAUACAACUCAUUUAAAUUAAUUAUUAUCAUUAACAUUGACAUAAAAUUUAAAUUUUUGGUAAUUAAAAAGACAUGUCGCCAAUCUAAAAAAGAAAAACUCCAAAAGAACAAAAACAUUUUCUUGGUGACAGCUUAUAGACAACACCUAAUGUUCCUGAUUUCAGUGCACGUCCACCAAAAAGCUGCAUUAAAACAACAACAAUUCUGUAUAAUUAAAUAAAAUUGUUUUAAGCCGAAUCUUUUCAUUAAAAACAUAAUUGAAAAUACAGCUGACUUUAUUCAUUUCGUUUCUCCUGUUUAUUUAGUCAUCUAAACCCAAAAAUAAUAAUAAUUAUAACAAAAUAAAGAAGUAAAUAUAUGUGUACAAACAUAAAAAUAAACAUUUCCGUUGACUUAAACAUUUGAACAUUUUCGUGUGUGUUGUGUUUAUAUCAACAUAUAUUACAUUAAUUAAAUUUAAUUGACAUACAACCAUUUAUAAGUUAGCGAACAUCGUCAACAGAUUUAAAUAAUUUUUCAAGGAAUUCGUUAAAUUAAAGAAUUCAAACUGUUUGACAACGGUCUGAGGUUGGAUAUUUCCAGCUACCCCCAUAUGAACAUCCGCAUGAGCACGAAGGGCAAGCGUCCUUUAAGGAGCUUGACUCCAAGCGACAAAGUCCAUGCUAUUCAGCGCAUACAUGAUGGCGAAUCAAAGGCUUCAGUGGCACGUGAUAUUGGAGUCCCUGAAUCAACAUUACGUGGCUGGUGUAAAAAUGAAGAUAAAUUAAGAUUUAUGUCUCGGCAGGCAGCAGCUGAGAAAAUGGGUGGUGAGCCUUUAGCAGAUAAAUUAGAUGGUAACACGAAUCUGUUAGGUGGACCUCCCGAAAAAAGACAGCGCAUGGACAACUCGAUGCCAUUGAAUUUUUCGAAUAAAAUGAAAUUUGAUGAAUUAACAACAUUCAAGAGAGCUCCACUUACUGGGCUAGAUUUUGGGGGUAAUAAAUCUUUAAGUGAUAUUGGAACUUUCAAUGGAUUGGCUCCCGAUUAUGGGGCUUUCAAUGGUACAGCAAAGAACAAAGUAUUUGGGGCAGAUAUUCCACGGCCCGUCGAUCCCUCUAUUGCUGCUAUAAGUCCAUUAUCAAGCCUUUCACAUCUUUCAGGGCUCACGGGACUUUCUCAAUCGCCCUUAGCUAUAAGUUUUAACGAGCUUACAUCAAACUUAAACUUAUUGGCUCAACUUAAUCCCGGCUUGGCAGCCAUGUCUGGUCUUAAUGGUUUAGCAAAUACUGGAAAUAACUUACGGGCAAAUACCAUGAAACCAAAACCACAAAUACAAAGUCCUCGCAGUGAGACUACGGAAAGACAAACGGGUCUUACAGUAAAGAAUUGGGCCAAGCAAAAACCAUCGACACCAACAUCCAGCGAUUCUCCAUCAUUUGGUAUUAAUUUAAGCCAAAGUGAUAAUACAAAGGGUCAAUUGAAAAGUCCAGGUACUUCUCUUAUGCCUCCACAAUUGGGUGGAAAUUUGCCUCCUCUUCCAACAAUGCCCGAAGAUCCAUUACUGUAUUGGCUUAAAUCGCAACAGGCCAUGCUAGGUUUGAAUAAUAUUUACCCACCACCUCCACCUAUCGGUGCAACAAGUCCACCAAUUAGAUCAUCAACUCCUCAGCAACAAAGUUUGCAUGCUAGUACACCUCCUAUAAUUCCCACACCCUUAACUCCAUCUUCAACUCCAUCUGGUAGCCUGGAUGAUAAAAACUCUGCAUGGUUCAAUUGGUGCAAAGCGUUUGGGGCAAGUCUUAACUCCUUGGCUCCUGCUGCCGCUGCAGUAGCUCUACAUGGUAAUCCAUUGCAUCAGCCACCAACUUCUGUUAAUGUCGAAUCGUCCAACACAGUUGAUGGGCCACUUGUUGGAAAAACUGGAUUCGAAAAUAUUUUGUAUUCACAACUUACCAAAGACUCGGCUCCUAGUCCUUCGGUACAAAGUUCCUCAUCAGUUGAGCAAAUACAUACCGAAGCACCAAACAAUAUUGAUAUGUCAAAUAAACCAGAAGACCUCUCCGCUAGAAGCGCUAAAGCCAGAAGUUCACCACUCAGCCCUCUGCCAACACCAGCACAAAGCCCUGAACGCAACGUUGACCAAACAGUCUCAAACCACAACAGUCCAGCACCUAGUCCAAUACCUGUAGGUUGCGAGGCAGAUUUUCAGCAGUCAGAAGCAAAACCUGACACAAGAAACAGUGUAGCCGAUUGUAGAGAUGUUCUCGACAACCUCCUAUACAAAAUUAACAAUAAUAAUAUUGAAAACAGUAAUCGUCAAGUUUCUUCAGCAGUUAGUGAGUCGGAUGCCAGCUAUUCAAGUGAUCAUAACAAUACAGAUGACUGUCCCCAAAAUAACAACAAUAACUCAAAUAAAACAGACGAAGAAGAGCGUGCAAAGUGCGCCGCAUUAUAUGAAGACGCAGAAGUGGAUGCCGAUUACAUAGAAGCUAUUACACAUGGCGAGAAAUUUUUACAGUGGCUCGAAAACUGCAGUAAUCCUCGAGUAACCGCUGUUCAAUUAAUGCAGCUGCGAUUUCUUAUCUCAUCGGUCAAAACAGUUCUCGAUCCAAAACCAACCAUAAAGGAAUCCACAAGCACAUCAAAUUUAUCAAUUGCUAUCGAAAUAGAUGACUCUUCUGAAGAAAGUAAUCGCUCAAAGAUGCGUCGUCGCAAAUAGGAACAACCAAAAUUGGCUGCAUUUGAGCCAGAGCCAUGCACCAGUAAAGAAGUAGUAAUAAUCGAUGCCGAUGAAUAUCAAAUGGAAAAUUCUUUCGCUCCAGCUGUAUAUCAAUCAUCAGCCACUCUACUAAAUUCCUUAUUUUUUCCACCUUAUGAAAUCGUUCGUUCAGACGAUUCAGACGAUAACAACAACAGUACCAACAAUAUUACUGAAUACAUUAGCGACCACGAUAUCAACGCUGAAAGUAAUAGUUCCAUUUAUUCGGAAAAAGAAACUCAUGUCGUUCCGAACACUUUCCAUGAAUAAAUGCGUAUAAAUAUUAUUAAAUGAGCUUCUCAAAUAUCGAAUAGAAAUUUUAACUAAAAUACACAUGAAUGUAACAAGUAAAACUAAAUUAAUUUAAU